UACGUCAGACAUCACAAGCGCAAAGGAGCUUUUUCCCUUCAGGUAGUCGGGUGACUCCCUGCGCCGAGACAAUCCCGGUCACCCCGGACCGCGCUGACCUUCCCAUACCCACCAAGGGCUUCGGCGUCUAAGGGCUCUCUGGGAGCAAGGGCGGUGCAUCCACGUUGCCGGCAGACAUCUCCAGCACACACUCAUGCGCUCGGGCCGCUCUUGAUACGUCCUAGUCUCAGCAGCAUCGCACCACCACCUCCACAGCCAAGAUGGACGACGACGGGCGCUACCGGGACGGCCGCUCGGACUUCAUCCGCGGUGCCAAGGACAUUGCCAAAGUUGCCAAGAAGCAGGUCGGCAAGAAGGUGGGGCGUGGCGUGGACAAAGUGGCCGACGAGUACUCCAGGCGCUCUUACAAGCGGUUCGAAGAGGAAGACGACGACGACGACUACGCGGGCGUGCAGAGCGGUGACGCCGGAUAUUACCGGAACGACAGCCGGGCCAAUGACGAGGAAGGCCACAGCGACUCGACUGAAGGACACGACGAGGACGACGAGAUCUACGAGGGCGAGUACCAGGGGAUCCCGCGGGCCGACUCGGGCAAGGCCGGCGGCCUGGACGGCGUGGAGGCGGCGCAGGCGCAACAGUUCAGGGACAUGGCGGCCUACGAGGGCGAGAGGAGGAAAGACCAGGAGGAGCUGGCGCAGCAGUACGAGGCCAUCCUGCAGGAGUGCGGCCAGGGCAAAUUCCAGUGGACCCUGUACUUCGUGCUGGGACUGGCGCUGAUGGCGGACGGCGUGGAGAUCUUCGUGGUCGGCUUCGUGCUGCCCAGCGCAGAGAAGGACAUGUGUCUGUCCGAGCCAAACAAGGGCAUGCUGGGUCUGAUCGUGUACCUGGGCAUGAUGGUCGGCGCCUUCGUGUGGGGCGGCCUGGCCGACCGGAUCGGCCGACGGCAGACCCUCCUCAUCUCGCUCUCCAUCAACAGCGUGUUCGCCUUCUUCUCGUCCUUCGUCCAGGGAUACAUCUCCUUCCUCUUCUGCCGCCUGGCCUCAGGCGUGGGCAUCGGCGGCUCCAUCCCCAUCGUCUUCUCCUACUACUCCGAGUUCCUGGCUCAGGAGAAGCGAGGAGAGCAUCUGAGCUGGCUCUGCAUGUUCUGGAUGAUCGGCGGCAUCUACGCCUCGGCCAUGGCGUGGGCCAUCAUCCCCCACUACGGCUGGAGCUUCCAGAUGGGCUCGGCCUACCAGUUCCACAGCUGGCGCGUCUUCGUCCUGGUGUGUGCCUUCCCCUCCGUGGCGGCCAUCUGUGCCCUCACCACCAUGCCUGAGAGCCCACGCUUCUACCUGGAGAACGGGAAGCACGACGAGGCCUGGAUGAUCCUGAAGCAGGUCCACGACACCAACAUGCGGGCCAAGGGUUACCCGGAGAGGGUCUUCUCUGUGACGACCAUCAAAACGGUGAAGCCGAUGGACGAGUUUUCCGACAUUGGCGACAACGCCCCCUGGCACGCCAAGUGGAGGCUCAAACUCACCCAACUCUUCCAUCAGGUGUGGUCCAACUUCCUCGCCAUCUUCUCCCCCGAGUACCGCCGCACCACCUACAUGAUGAUGGCCGUGUGGUUCUCCAUGUCCUUCAGCUACUACGGCCUGACGGUCUGGUUCCCGGACAUGAUCAAGUACCUGCAGAAGCAGGAGUACUCCUCGCGCACCAAGGUCUUCGUCAAGGAGCGAGUGGAGCACGUCACCUUCAACUUCACCCUGGAGAACCAGAUCCACCGCCAGGGCGAGUACUUCAACGACAAGUUCAUGAACCUGAAGUUGAGGUCCAUGGUGUUCGAGGACUCGCUCUUCGAGGAGUGCUACUUUGAGGACAUCACCUCCAGCAACACCUUCUUCAAGAACUGCACCUUCAUCGCCACGCUCUUCUACAACACAGAUCUUUUCAAAUACAGGCUGGUCAACUCCAGGCUCAUCAACAGCACUUUCCUGCACAACAAAGAAGGCUGCCUGCUCAGUGACGUCAGCGAUGAGAACAACGCCUACAUGGUCUACUUCGUCAGCUUCUUGGGUACGCUGGCAGUGUUGCCGGGCAACAUCGUCUCUGCGCUGCUCAUGGACAAGAUCGGACGGUUGAGGAUGCUAGCCGGCUCCAGCGUCAUCUCCUGCGUGAGCUGCUUCUUCCUGUCCUUCGGCAACAGCGAGUCGGCCAUGAUUGCGCUGCUCUGCCUGUUCGGCGGCAUCAGCAUCGCCUCCUGGAACUCUCUGGAUGUGCUGACGGUGGAGCUCUAUCCCUCUGACAAGAGAACCACGGCGUUCGGGUUCCUCAACGCCCUCUGCAAGCUGGCGGCGGUGCUGGGCAUCAGCAUCUUCACCUCCUUCGUGGGGAUCACCAAGGCCGUGCCCAUCAUGUUCGCCUCGGGGGCGCUGGCGGCGGGCAGCUUCCUGGCCCUCAAGCUCCCGGAGACGCGGGGUCAGGUGCUGCAGUAGUGCGGUGCCGGCUGACAGAUCUGGGGGGGGGUUCGGGCAAGAAGAGAUUUAUUUUUCAUUUUAUUUUUAUUUAUUUUCCACACUGUGAACAAACGGCUCAAGAGCCCUUCAAACCCCGACCUCUGAAACCCCCCCCUCUACACACACAAACCAUGAUAGAGUAAAUUAAGGGUUAGUAGCGCCGCCAGUCCUCUGAUGGUGCAGAUUAAGACCUAAAACAAAUGUAAAUAUGACGUCUUUUUCUUUAUUUUUGUAUUAUUUCCCCCCUUGGUGUGAACACAUCCGGGGUCGGAGGUCAGAGGAUGGGGGGGCUCUUGACAGCGAGCCAUGCAAAUAGACUCACAGCAAUGUUGCGGCGGACUUCACCUCCAUCUUUUAUUGGUUAUUUUUAAUGUUUUUGAGUGAAUCCUGAAGUCUCGAGUACGAGAGACUCAAAAAUGCAACAAUUUCUGCCGUGAUUUGGGGCAUUUUUGACUUGGCAGGGUAAGAGAUGGCCGUCUCCGCCCCCCCAAAACCCUUCAACCCCCCCAACUGCCACUUUGUAGGUGAUACAACAUUCAGGAUGUGCUUCGGUGAUUGUUGUGGAUAGAUCCAAGAGUCUCCCGUGUGUUGGACGGUGUGUGUUUGUGUGUGUUUUAACUUGAAAAGCCAAGCGUACGACAUGUUUCCACGUGUUUAUUUCACUCAUAUAUGCUAUUUAAUGGGAUGGCUGUAAAAGUCUAACAUUCUCCAUCCAACAAGCACAGAUCGGUGCGUUUGCUGCCGGGGAUAACCUUUGAACAUUCAAAACAUCGUCUUCUUAGAGCACAAGAGGUCACACACUUCAAAUGUUACGUGAUGUGGAAGAAGAUAAAGGAGGGACAUGAAGACUUGAGCCGUUAGUCGCGUUAGUGAGCUGAAGUUUGUACCCAUGUGAUGUUGUUUGUUGGUUUUUUCCUUCCACAAAUGUCAUUUUUGAUUUUCGACACCUAACAAUUUAUCGUAACACGAAUAUUCAACAUGCUUUUUUCUGUCUAAACCAGAACAUUUAGGGCCCGAUUUACUAAGAUCCUAAAUAAAGAGUACUAAAUUGCGUGUGCACUGAAAAAGUUUGCGCGUGCAGUUGUUGCGUGGUUUGCGGGUGAUCAACUAAGAUUGCCUGCGCAAUUGAUAACAGGUGCAAACUGCAGUAUUUAAAUGAGGUGUUGCGUGUCUUACGUUUGCGCCAUGGAGAGUCUGGAUGGAAAGCACAGUCACACAAGUCACAAGCGCAAAAUGAAAUUGAACAAGUUGGAGUUAGAGAUAUUAGUGGAAGAGGCAAAUAAACACAUUCAUGAACUACAGCAAAGAAAUUUAAACAUUACCAAAAGAAACGCAAUAUGGGUGAAAACCUGCGAUAGAAUAAAUGCAGUUGGUAACACAAAAAACAGAAAAACGUCUGGUUUUUCAUAUUUCAAUUUUAGGCACAGAUCAAAAAUACGAAAUAGAAAAACGGCCCACAGGACUGAAUUUGAUUUUAAUAUUUAAUUGGUCGGGUUUACGUGACCCCGCGGUGCUCGGCAUGAUCUGAGGAGAAAAAGACAUCAGGCACAGAGCUGGAGAGCGCUUUGAUUCAUCUAUUUAUGAGUUAAGUUUUUAUUCAGAUGUCCACAGUAUAUUGCAAAUAUUAUAUAUUAUAUAGCAAACACUGACAGUAAAUGUGUGACAGACGGGACCAUCAUCCGAAAGAAGAGAAGAGAAGUGUUCAGAACAGCGCACAGAGGAGAGCCCACACUAAAGGAUGAUUUAUGGUUCCGCGUCACAGCAACGCAGAACCGACGGCGUAGGCUACGCGGCGACGCACACCGCACCACGACCCUACGCGUCGGCUACGCCGUCGAUUUAACGCAGAACCAUAAUUCAGGCGAAGCUGCAGUCUCUGCGCUGAUCCUGACACAGCGGGACGGAGCGGAUUUGGUCAUGAUGUUUAACCUGUGUUUUGUGAUUAAUAAGCACGGGUUUUAAUUAAAUGUAAUUUACGAAGGAUGAUUUCACGUUCAAUAAGAUAAGUAAUCAAUAAAAUACAAAGUUUUGGCACAAAGGCUUGGCCUGCUUGUGGGCGAGUGGAGGGGGGCACAUUAAAAGAAGGUGGCAAAGAUAUAAGGCGGAGAACUAAAGAAAAAGUGGCCUUUAAUAAAACUCGUGCAACCAUUUUUAAAAUAGCAUGCAGCAGAAUAAAGACUCUCUCUCUGCGUAUUCUUUGAUUUUGGAUGUCGCCUCCUUGCCACAAUAACAGCAGCAGCAGAUUAGCACCUUCCUUUCGAACGUAUUAAAUACAGACGCAAUCCCAAUACGCGCAAUUACUUUCAGGCUUGGUAAAUCUCAUUGCGCGUGGUAAAUGGAGCAAUUUGCAUCUUCCCCUCCCAGUAUUUAGCGCGUUCUGGCAGGUACGCCCCAUAUUGAUUAUUCAUCAGGGCAAAAGUACUAACUGAAUUGCGUGUGCAAUUUUGCGCAUUUCAGAGACGCAAUCCUCUUUGCACGCUGUUAGUAGAUCAGCUGGCACUUUGGUUUGCGGGUGCUGUCAAGUUUGCACACGUUUUAACACACGCAAACCUUUAGUAAAUCGGGCCCUUAGAGUAUAUCCGAGUCCUGACGGGUAGCAGAGGCUGCAGGCUGAGUGCUUUACGGGCUUCAUCUUUAGUUUCUUGGCUUUUUCUUGCUCCGACAUGGAACCUGUGAAAGAUCCAGACUGAGAACCUGACAAGCCACCGCAGUGGCCCCUAAAAAAGGGAGGCGGAGCUGACAAGUUUAGCUCUCAUUGGCUAACGUAACAUUGAGCAUGUUCAGCAGGACGAUGCUGUUUUAAGUGUCAGAUUAGGUUUGAUCUUCGACAUCACGACUGCUUCGUGCGUCACGAUGCCUUUUACGAACCCCCCCCUACCUGUGCCAUACCUACGGUACAUUUAAAGGCAAGGAAAGGAAUUUCUGGACAACACACCUGUUGAUAUUUGAAGAAAACAUCAAAACACAGAUAGCUGGCUCCUCCCUCCAUUAACCCUUAGGGGGCAGGAUGUUCCCGCCCUCCUGGUUUCCAAUCUCCAACGCUCUCUAGAAUCUCUUACCUUGCCUUUAAUGACCAAAUGCAAAAGGAAAUUUAAGUGACUGAGAAGCGAAAAUCCACUCAGAGUUAAUCAAUCUGUACAUUUCCUACCAAAAGUGUAUUUAUUAUUCAAUUUUUUGCUUUUCUAUUGUUUUUAAAUGCAUUUGAGGACGUUAUGAUACAAAAGUGAUGACAUAAAAUCCGCCACCGAGAGCAUAGUGCCAAGGGCUGACUGUCAUGUGACCCACAUUCCUCCGAUCAAAAGCCUGAAACGUUCACGACUGCAUGACAAAAAAAACACAAAAACAAUCAUGUUAGAGCAACAAAAAAGUACUUUUUAUCUCAUAUUCUUUUGUCCAAACUGCCAUUUAGUAGGAUAGCAGCCAUAUUCCAGACGACUAGACAAACCGUUGCACUAAAUGUACCCAGUCGUACGCGCACAAGUGCGAAAGCCUCGAGCUCCGCCCCUGCGAAAGUCCCGAAGAGCGGCGCCGCCCUCCGUUCAUUCAGAGCACAGCCAGUAAACUAACAAACGCCAACUCUGUGAACGAGAGCGCCACCGUGAACAUCUCCUCGGACCCGGAUGGAGACCCCGGACACUUCAGCUCCUCCCUUUAUCUCACACACGUCCCGCCGCCUGUCCGCUGGCGUGCCACGACCGCCACGGCCGCCACUUCUCAUCAAUUAUUGCCAAAUAUUUUGUACGGCCCUGAGUUUACCACAGAUUCUAUUAUAGAUAUGGAUAUAUGUAAAUAAAAGGAACUAUGAUGUAACUCUGAAGCUUUUCAAGCGUUUUGGCCCUUCGAUCGGGGUCAGAAAACCUAAUUUCUCUCCACAACUCACCAGAAAAUCUGCGUCUAAGGGCCGAAGCCCCUCUUAAAAGCACAUUUAUGAUGUAAAUGCACACUAACUGUACAAAUAUAGCGAUAUUAGAUGAAGAUUAAAGCGUUAGCUGCCAUGUUCUCUGUAUGUACAUCUUCCAUGACAUCAAGAACGACGACGUCAACACAACUGUGUUUGUUCAGCACAAAUUUGCUGUUUUAAAUGCUAAAAAGUCUCAGCUCAAAAGUGUCUCUUAACGAUACAUAUCUUAGCUUAUGUCACAGGGUUUUUUUUAUUUUUAUUUGUACAACUGUUGCCUGGGCAAUGGUCAGCUGUGAGUGGAAGAAGUUAACAAAGCAAUAAGUGUUUGGGUCUCCGUCUCCCAUGAAGCUGUUGGACGUCCGUCCACUCGAGUGCUGAGUCUUGGGUUAAAAAACGACACGUGUAACUCUCCGAAAACCACCCUGGGACUUGAGGCUUCUGUCAAUAAAACUGCAUCCUCAUUAAUUAAAUACUUUGUCACUGUACUGUGGUUGUAGAAACUGUAGUUGGUCGUUUGUGAGUAUAGGAACUGUGGAAUCCAAUAUUAAAAAGUUAUACGAAAAAAAAAGUGUAAAUGAACAAUGCUGUAUGUUGUCUUUGAUUUUGUGUAUUUUGUAAAUGAGAAUGAGAUAUAAGUAAAUACAUCAAUGUUAAAUACCAGUUAUGACUCAUAGUUAGACUCAAUGUGACGACAUCACUUCCAUUUAAAGGCGUGUGAGAUGGAUUUUUUUUUCUUAAAUUUUCUCCUUGUUGGAUUUUGGGCUCACACCUUGUUGUGAGCCGUUGGAAUCACAAUGGAUAACAAAGAACCAUGAAGAAUAAACGAGUGUAA